CACACAACAUUGCGGGUUCUUGCACGCCAGAAACCCAUGACAGCGCUGCCAACCGAAAUGGCGCAAAACAAAGAAUAUCGAAAAUCAGUUGAAACCGCAGCAAAACAAGUGCACAAGAGCAGAGAACAGUUAUACAAAUACAUGAAUUAUAUGUAUUUACAUUCUUCAUUCUGAACGAACUGUGAAACCACCUGCAUCCACGCAAAACGAACCGUUUAUUUUCGUUUGAAACAGUGCCGAGCGAAAGUGUCGAAACAUCACAAAAUAAACCAACCGUUGAUCCACAGCACGAAACAAACAUGGCUCCCAUAGUGGACAACAACCAGUUCGAGCUGCCGACGGCGCUGGAAACACCAAGCAAAAAGCGAAAACGUCACGUCGAAACCAAUCCGUUCCUGUCGUUUUCGGACCAAACGUUCAGCAUUCCGUCGUCGACGCCCAUCCACAACAAGCAAAUCGAUGGCAGCUCGUUCGAGAAUCCGAGCUUCCGAUUCGGAGCGGCACAACCUGGCAUUAACAAUAAUGGAAGCAACAAGGAGAACUACAACAUAUUUUCCGACUCGUGCAUGGAGGUGAAAUCGAUCGCCGAGCUGGCGGUGGAGAAUCCUUUUGAGGUGAUCCGGAAGCCACCGAGCAAGAAGAAGAGGAAGUUCAGUGAGAUCGAGGAGAGUUGCUUCGUUAAUCCGGGGCUGAACUUGGAGGCGAUCGAUAAGCCGACGGUUAAUCCAUUUGAGAUUGUAAGGGGCAGUGUGGAAACGGAGAAGCAAGAGAACGAAUCUUGCUUUGUUAAUGGCGGAUUGAAUAUUAAGAGCAAGGAUGGUGAGGGAGCAGUUAAUCCUUUUGAGAUAUCAAGGCCGGCUGGAAAGGGUGAAGGUGAUGAGGAAAAGAAGGUGGUUGGUGAAUGCAAGGGGAUCGAAAAUCCUGCUCUGGAGAUUCCGACCUAUGCGCUGGCCGUUCCGUUUACGCCGUCCAUCAAUCAUAGAAUAAACUUUCAGGAACUUCCGCCGGACGCCCUGACACCAUGUCAAAUGCUGGCCAAAAACCUUGUUUUCACUCCGGAACCCAAUCCGGACAGCUUGACAACACCAAAGAGAACUGCUACAGUUUCGAAUCGGAAAUCUCUUUCUGUAAUUAGCGAAGAACCACUGGACAUCGGAGAGGAGCUGGACUGUUACCAGCUGGAACUGGAAAACAGUAUCAACGAGGCCAAAGUUCUCAAGCAAAAAAGUAUUCGGGACUCGACAGGGACUCGUACCAAAGCCCGACGCAGUUUGAUCGACGUCAAACAUAUCAGCAACCUGUCGCUGAAGCUGAAACAGCUGGAGGAAUCCGAAGGAGAAGACGAAGAUCAUGAACCAAAGAAAGCCGAAGAACAGCUUCAGGAAGCCUCUCCUCCAGUCGAAGAACCUGCAACUCCUCCAACUCCGCAGCCACGGAUGACCCUCACCAUUACCAAAGAAACCACCGUCAAGGAGGAAAUCCGCAUCGACGUCAGCAAUCCGGACGUCCAGUUCGAGGAAGUCGACGACUUCGAGGACGAGGAGCAAGACGUGGACCUGUUCGCCAAUGCGGCUCCUUUUCAACGAGCUUACCGCAAGAAGGAAGAUCCCGCUCUGGACAACGACGCCCACUUCAAACAACCGGCUCUUCCAGCGGAAGCUGCCCCGGCAACCAAAUCCCACAAAGUGAAAGACGUGAUCCGUAGAAGCUUCCGAAAGUUGAUGCAUCCCAAGCAGCAUCAUCAGGAGGUGCCACAUGUUCAAAUUACCGAUUUGGACGAGAAGCCUAAAGCGGAGGAAUCCCAUCAUGGGUUCAUGUCCAGCAUUCGUCAUAGUUUGCGCCGGAAGGCGCACAAGUCCAAGGAGGCUCAGCCAAAGGGCGCCGACGACGAAGAUGCUGCGGAAGCAGAAGAGCUAAAGGAGCUGGACAUGUCCGUAAUUGUGGAAACGCCUAGGGCGGUCUUCCGGCAGCCGAGUGCUGAUGAGUAUAGGACCAUUGCUGCGGGCGGGGGUUCCAUUGAUAAGGUUGGUUCCACUCUGAGAGGCAGUCUGCGUCGGUCCACCAAAGAUAUGAAGCGGCAGAUGAUGAAAACUGUGUUCAAAAAAGCUGGCGAAGAGAAGUAAGACUUGAGGGAUUUGUACGGUUGCUUGCAUUUAUGUUGUUAGCUGUUAAGUGAAAUUCUCAUUUUGGCCCAAAGAUUGAUACAAGAUCUACCAUGUAUACCUAACAGGAGUAUUUUUAUCAAUAUUAUUAGACUUAUUUUUAAGCACUUAUUUAUGGAAGUUUUGUUUGGCAACAAUUCAUCUUACCAAAACAGUAAUUUAAGUAUCAUUCCACGUACUUGCCUUUUACCAAAUCGUAUUUAAGUACAAAUUUAUAAAUUAUUAUUAUUGAAAAUGAUCAUCAUUUCGAAGCAUCUUAUUGAUCAUCACAUGAACGCAUCGUAUCGAAUGACGGCCACCAGCAUUUUUCGACCAUGACAACUUAUGCUUAUUUUAAUCACGACUUAAGUUUUUGUUUGUACUUACUGCACGUUUUUGAUAGUGAAUAAAGAUAAACAACCAAACUAUACAAUAAGCUGCUAAAUGUUGUGCAGAGAACUCUCCUUUUUUCGGAUCUCCAUGGGACAUACAAAAUGAUCGGGGCAGGUAAAAUGUUUAUUUUUAAAAAUUUUAUGGGUAAAAAAAGUUCAACCAGCUAUAGUAGACGUUCGAUAAGUGCAACAUGAUUACGUUUCAGUUACCGAAUGAAAUUCGCUAACUGCAACGACUGAUAGCCGUCAAACAGUUGUCAAUUGUUGUUGGACGCAGCCAGAAUGCACUCAAAAACAUCGCAAUGCAGUUGACCUUUUGUUUUUGGCAGAUGGCGGUGCGAUAACUGCAAAAAUGUUGCACUUAGCGGGCUUGCAGUUAAAAAGCAUUGCACCCCAGCCCA